UUGUAUUAAUGUUUUAAUAAUACGAUUCAUUAGUAGUCGAUGCAAGUUUCAUUCACAAGAAUUACACUUAAGUUAGUGUAAUUGGAAAAGGGCAUGAUUUUUACUUAGGUAUUAAUUCAAUCAGCUACUUGAUGCAUCAUACAAAAGAAAAUGGCAGAUACAUCUUACAAGUUUAUGAAAAUCUAGGAUAUGAUCUUUUCAGAACCAAGGUUUUGCAUUUGCAGAAGGCCAUGAUAGAGUGUGUUAACGAUGUCAACACGAGGAUUAUCUUAUUAGCUGAAAAGUAAUUAAAUGACAAAUAGUCUGAUCUGUAUGUACUUUAUAGGUUGGAUGAAUUAACUGAGAGAUUGGAUCAAUAGAAAUAAUUGACACCAGAAUAAGCUAACGAUCUUUUGAUUACUUUCUGCAAAAACCUCCUCAUCACAGGUUCGAUUUCUUCAUUUAUUCUUAGGUCGUGUAACUUAUGAAUUUUUGGACAUUGCCCCUUAGAAUGUCUAUGUUCAUGAUAAUCGAUUUAUUAUAUCUAAUAUGGGAAUUUCCUAUAAAGGCUCUAAAUUUCAUAGACCAUACACUGCAAUCACAGAUAGUUUCUAUAAAGAGAAAACACUAACAAAUAUGAUCUAUACAUAUUCAUUUUAAGCUGGCUUAGUCGUUCUAUGCGCUAUUACUAAGAUUAAUUCAGCAGAAUUCUUUUUCGAAGAUGGCUAAUUGAAAACUAACUUAUUAUAAGAUGUUUUAAGAGCAUUCAAAGAAAAGUUGCCAGAGCCAUAAAAAGAAAAACUGAAGAAGAAGUUUCCUUCAUUAGCUAAAAUAGAGAAACCAUUCGAUGCUGAUAUAUCAAAAAUCUUACCCUUUCUGGUCUUAAUAUUAUCAAUGGAUCAAUAGAAAAGAUCCAUAUUUCCAUUGUUGAUAUGUCAUCCCGAAAAUCCACUUAAAGUGGAGAAUCCAUUCUUCCAACAAUCACUUGAUAUUGAAUAACAAUACGUUGGAUUUGGAAAAUUGGAUGGAACGGAAAUUAUCCCUGAAGGAUAUGGAUAUGGAAUGUUCGGGAAUGAAUAUCAUUAUGGUAUGUUCAAAAAUGGUACUUUAACAGAUGAUGGUACUGUUGAGAUUAAGAAAAAUAAUAGAAUUAUAUAUUUGCUCAAAAAUUUAGUGAUUUCGGAGAAAUACUAAUAGGCAAUAGCUGAGGUUAAUAAGUAUAUAUAUUGGGGGGAAUUUGAUAAUUAAUAAUAUAAACCAAAUGGAGAUGGCAUUUUGGUUAGUGUUUAUACGACAUAAAAGUACAUACCAAAAAAGAAACAGUCUGUUUGUUUUAUAGGAAAUCUUAAAAUGGGAAUUAAGGACAAUGGUCAAGAAUUUUAUAGAAAUAAAACUGAAUUUGAUGGAGAUUUCAAAAACAAUGAGCCUAUCAAAGGUACAAUAUCUUAUGGUCCAAAGCACAAAUUUGAAGGAAUCAUUAAGGAUUACCAAAGGAUAAAAGGUAUAUUGGUUUACAAUAAUAAAAUCUUUGAGGGAGAGUUUGAAAAUGAUAGAGUGAAGGCAGGAAAGUUAAAUUACCCAAAUGGAAGUUCAUAUGAGGGUUAAUUUAAGAAUGGAUUAAAAUGUAUGAAUUAUAAAUAGACUAGGUUGUUAGGAUGGUAAGUUCAUAUUUUAAACUAUCAAAUUAGAGUAUUCUGGAGGAUUUCUUGAUGAUAAGUUUCAUGGAAAGGGUAUAUUGACUAUAAUGGAUACAAAUGAAUAAUUGGAAGUUGAAUAUUUUAAGGGGAAAUGUUUAACAGAACUUCCAGAGGCUUUCAAGUCGCUAAUGGUGAAGAAAUAGCCGUUGGAAUAGAAAAAAUAGGAUGAAAAUAAGACAAAGAAGGACAAGUAGAAACAAAAUGAUGAUGAAGAAGUAGAAGAGGAUAUCUAGGACGAUCUUGGAGAUGAAGGAAAUGAAUUUGAUGAUGAAGGUUGAAUUUAUAAGAUUUAAUUU